AUGUAUCUACAUGCAUUCCUCGCAAUUAUAACUGCGCCUUUACUCCUGGCAGCGCCAGCACCGGCUCCAGCACCUUUCCCACGACCACAACUUAUAGGAGAUCCCGUAACAGGCCUUGUGUCAAGCAUCGGGAAUUCAGUCCUCGACAUUGGUAGUUUGUCCUCGGCCAUUCCCGCAGUGUUAUCUGACAGUGGGAAAGUGUUGACCGCUGCGAAUCUGGUAGUAGAGGCAAUUGCAAAUGGAACGAUUUUGGGCACCGAUGUACCAGUAAUUGCUAAGAAGUUAUUUUCGGCUACUCAACCUACAGCCAAACCAAGUAGUGUUUCUGAAGCAUUAAGUUGGGCAGCUGGUGCUUGGGGUGUAUCUGAUCCUUCUGCUUCCCCAACUCCACCAGCAAAUAUUCUCUCAAAUGCUUUGGAACUUGUUCUUAAUGGUUUCACUUCUAGUGAUCUACAAGCUGUCGCGUCUGGUGCUAGCCCAUCUAGCAACUCUGUCAAUAAUGCCAAUAAUCCAGUGCCUCCCAACAAGAGAUUUUACAAUAACGUAUAUGGCAAUGCACGAUUUUCUGUCGACGAAAAAACUCUCAGGGCUGCAAUCUACAUUCCUCCUGGAUUUACCUGGGGAAAGAAGCAACCCGUUAUCAUGUCACCUGGCACGGGCGCAUUUGGCUAUGGCACGUAUGCUUCUAAUAUAGGCAAACUUCUUGCUACAACUGACUAUGCCGACCCGGUCUAUUUGAACAUACCAUUCGCUUUGCUUGACGAUGCACAGACCAAUGCAGAAUAUGUAGCUUACGCGCUUCAAUACUUCUAUGCCAUGACUUCGCGAAAAGUUGCUAUCGUCACAUGGUCUCAAGGAUCUCUCAAUGCUCAAUGGGCCUUUAAAUACUGGCCAUCAAUCCCAAAAACUGUCACAGACCACAUCGCCAUCUCACCUGAUUACCAUGGUACCAUCUUAGCUUACAUUCUCUGUCCCGGAUUCGAAAGCGGAAACGACAUUGCGUGUACUCCUUCCGUCCUCCAACAACAAUACCAAUCCAAUUUCGUCAAUAGACUCCGCUCCAACAACGGUGAUUCAGCUUAUGUACCCACCACUACCGUCUAUUCCGUCACAGAUGAAAUCGUCCAACCGCAAAGCGGAACCGCUGCCUCGGGCUUCCUGCAAGAUGCUCGUGGCGUCGGCGCUUCAAAUACCUUUCUUCAAGGAGCAUGCUUGGGACUUCCAGCCGGAACGCUGUAUACCCAUGCUGGUGUAUUAUUCAAUCCCGUCGCAUAUGCAUUGGUAACAGAUGCGUUGCAAAAUGAAGGGCCGGGAUCGUUUGAUCGCGUUAGCGAUCAGUGUAGGAAUCUUGUUGCGCCGGGAAUCAGCUUGGCUGAUGUGAUUGAGAUUGAAGCGUUGAUUCCGCUGGUAGCGCUGAAUAUUUUUGCGUACGAAAAGAGGAUUACUAAUGAGCCUGCUUUGAUGAGUUAUGCUACUUAUUGA